ACCACCUGACCCUAUUCACCGUUAGCACCGUUAGUAACCUCCGAAACCUCCAAGGAAGAUACUCCAUCAAAUAUCUGAUGUGAAUUAACCGAAUUGACCAAAUCUCAAGACAAUCAAUCAAGAUAUCAAGAUAUUCAACUUGCCAAGCAAAAACUACAUGGUAUACUGUUUAAUAAGUAAUAAUUCAUGAUGGAGUUACUCGAAAAUCCAUCAAUAAAAGUAAAAUAUCAAAAAUGCAAACUACGAGUGAAAAGAUGGGAGAGCAAUUUUAUGGAGCAAUACGGGAGGAGACCCAAUAAGAAUGAUAUAAAAAAAGCAGACUCCACAAUAAAAGAAUCCUACAAGAUGUACUGGAAACUUAAAACCCAGGCGUUGGAAGAAACCCUUUUGGACAUUACGUACACAGAUGAGAUCCAGGCCAACGUAUCUGCCAACUCCUUCGCUGACCAACUCGACUCAUCUCUUACUUUGGACUCUUCUCUGAGCCUUCCACUAAAUACAUCUGACAAGUCUGAAACUCCAGAAGCCUCGGGAGGAACAACCUUUGAGAGCUCCCUAAAAAACGUUGAAAACAUUGAUCCAGAAAAAUCCUCAGCACAGAAAGAUCCUGUGGAGAACUGUGGAGAACUCUCCAAAAGUGACAAUGUUAAUAUCGAUGGGGCCUGGGGCAACCAUUUAAACAAAGACCAUGAGGUUCCCAAGAAUGGCAAAAAACUGCUAGUAGGGAGGUCGUCCUCUUUCCAAUUGUCCCAAAAAAAAUUUACAUCCGGAAGUUUCUCACAAAGAAAUCCCAGAAAAUCAUUAACAAUGGCGAAGAUAAAAUCCAAAUCAGAUAUAAACAAACCAGUUGGUGCCUCCUCAUCGUCGAACAAUGAAGAAUCCUUCCACAGAGAAGAGAAACCGGCAUCCGAUGGAAUAUGUGGGGAUUCCUUGAAAAUAAAGUCAUUGGGGAUAAAAGUAUCUGCUCAACCAGUUAAUGCAAUUCAUCAAUUGAUGAGUGGUGCUUCAGCAAUUGCAGAACGAAAAUUGAAUCCUGGAUGGCUGGAGAGAUGUGCUAAGGAUGCUGGUCUUGAUCCGCUACCGCCUGUCAACCCCCAGAGACUAUCAGGCAUCAGUGAUUCGGGUGUGGAGUCCAUGGAUACUAGUGUCUUCUCUCCCCCUGAAACUACUCCCUCCAUUAGUGCAAAUAACUCUACACAGAUCUCAGAUGAUGAAGAGUUCGUCUGUAACAGCGAUGAUGAAGAGGAGAAUCAAAGAAAACGAGUGAGAAAUAUGAGAAGAACAUUGUCUGAUAAAUCUUUACCAGAACUCAAACGUCGAUGUCUUGGUCACUCCCCAGAAGUACAAGCGCCUACCGCCAUAUUUUCCCACACACUUUCAAGUAACGAUUGCGCUGCUAAUGGUCCUGAAAUUGUAGACCCUGUGCUCAGUAAUACUAAUGAUACCAAUUCACGGGAGAAGAUUGCUGACGAAAAAUUAUCCCACAACGAUCAAAUUGAGAAGAAGAUUCCCCCACAAACACAACAACAAUCUCCAAAAUAUUCAUCAACAUCAGCGCCAAACAAGAAGAAAGUCACCAAAAGAUCGAAAAAGGCUGUAUCUGAUGAUGAAGAAUAUGAAGAACAAAUACCUAAACCCAGAAAAACUAGAGUCGCACGUAAGAAACCAAUAGUAAAGAAACGUACUGAGUUGUUAAAAGAGAAAUCUCGCAGAGUUGGCAAACGAUCCACGAGAAUUAAAAAAAUGGUAGAGUCAGAAGAGGAAGAUGAGGAACAAACGGAAUCCUCUCUAAACAUUCCAAUUUACGGAGUGGAAGCUUUGCAAGUGGUUCCCAGAUUUGCAGUCCCCCGAGAUACAAAUGGUGAUUUAAUUUCCGAAUUCUCUCAGACAAUAGGAGAAUCCACAGCUGCCACAACAUUGACGAAAAAAUCUAAAAAACUCAUGACAGAAAAGGAAAAGCUCGAGGAGAAAUUAGCGUCUGGGAAAGCGAAUGAGAACUUCGUAAGGAUAAAUCUGAAAAAGAAGGUAUUUGUUCGUGGUAAACGUUCCUUCAAUUUCUCUAGAUAUAGGAAAAAUCAGUGGAAACAGAAGAAGAAGGAACUGGCAUCGUCUGAGGGGGCAUUAGAUCUGGCUGAUUUAGCUGAGAAAAACACGUGUUUCAAGUGUGGAGCAACUGGUCACAUGUCUCGAAAAUGUCCUGCGAUGAAGAGUGACACAUUAUUGCCCCUGGAAGAAACAGCAGAAGAAGUUUCAGCCUUCCCUACCCUUGAAGAGGUUGAAAAAAUGGCAAAAGAAAAGGCAGCGGAUGUUCAUGCUACAAGAAUGAAUUUGCUUCCUAAAUGUCCAUCAAUGUCAAACCCACCUUCACAAUCUGUGGAAACUAUUGACGAUGAAUUUUCCUUCGAUGAAGACGAUUUUAACGAUAUGGUUGGCCACAAAAUCCCCGAGGAUCUCGUUGCUAAACUAUUACCUCCAGCAACUCGUACAAUGGAUCCGGUGUAUCCAAUUUCCACCGCUGGAAAGCUUCAAGAAACCCCCGAAGAAGUAUUUGACACUUUAAAAAUGUUUGGACAUGAGAAUUUCCGGCCCGGGCAGGAGAAGGCAAUCAUGAGAAUUUUAUCUGGUCAAUCGACAUUGGUAACAUUGUCGACAGGCUCUGGAAAAUCUUUGUGUUAUCAACUUCCUGCCUACCUCUACUCUAAACGAACUCAUUGUAUUACCCUUGUGAUUUCUCCUCUGGUAUCUCUCAUGGACGAUCAAGUGACAGGAAUUCCUUCAUUCCUGUCAGCAGCUGCCCUUCACACUGGACAAAGUGAAAAGGUCCGAGAGAAAAUAAUACAAACUGUUAGAGAUGGAAAUCUAGAUAUUUUAUUAGUGUCUCCAGAGGCAGUUGUCGCUGGAGAGAAGUCGACAGGUUUUGGCAGUUUAUUGAGACAACUUCCACCGAUAGCUUUCGCUUGCAUUGACGAAGCCCAUUGCAUUUCCCAAUGGUCUCACAACUUCAGACCCUCUUACUUGAUGAUUUGCCGAGUUCUUUUGGAGAAACUUGGAGUGAAAACAAUUUUAGGAUUAACUGCCACCGCAACGAGGCACAAUGCCCAAAGCAUUGUUGAGCAUUUGAGAAUCCCCGAUGGAAUGGAUGGCGUCAUAUCUGAUAUCCCAAUGCCAAACAAUUUAACUUUAACUGUAUCGAAAGAUGAAAACAAGGAUCAAGCGUUAAUAUCUUUAUUGAAAAGUGAAAGAUUCAAAGAAUGUGAUUCUAUUAUUAUUUAUUGUACGAGACGAGACGAAUGUUUGAGGAUAGCAGGAACCCUACGAAUAUCUCUACAAGAUACAGUUGAUAAAAAUAAAGAGAAAGGUAAUUUUGAUCGGAGGAGAAAAGUGUCACAGAUUGCAGAGGCAUAUCACGCAGGUUUAGCUCCAAGUCGACGUAAAGUCAUUCAAAAAGCAUUCAUGAAGGGGGAGACGAGAAUUGUAGUGGCUACUGUGGCUUUUGGAAUGGGUAUUAAUAAAUCAGACAUUAGAUCAGUAAUCCAUUACAAUAUGCCAAAGAGUUUCGAAGGAUAUGUCCAGGAGGUUGGAAGAGCUGGAAGAGAUAGUUUACCAGCUCAUUGUCAUCUCUUCUUGAGUCCAACAGAAGAGUCCGAUAAGUGGGAACUUCGUCGUCACAUAUACUCAGACGGGGUAGAUCGACACACGAUCCGGAAACUUCUGCAGAAGAUUUUUAUUCCUUGCUCAUGUCCUCAAUCAAAGUCUAAGAAUCGUUGUCCAGGACAUGAGGUGGCCAUUCCAAUUGAUGAGACAGUUGCCUCACUCGAUAUCUCUGAGGAAACUAUUUCAACUCUUUUGUGCUAUCUUGAGCUACAUUCCAAAAAAUUCAUCACAGUUUUAUCCUCGGCUUAUUGUACUGCCAAAGUCUCGAGUUAUAAUGGCCCAAAUGCUCUAAAAACGGCAGCUCAAUGUUCUCCUCCUCUUGCAAUGGCUAUUGCUCUCGAUGCCAAACGAGGAAUUUCUCAUGAAAAGAGCUCUCUCAUUGAGUUUCCUGUGAUAGAUGUUGCGGCUGCUAUUGGAUGGGACAGUGGAGUUGUUAAAAGUCAUCUGAAGAAUUUAGAAUGGAAGACGGUGGAGGGAAGGCCCAAGAGGAGCUGCCUUUCUGUUAAAUAUGACAAGUUAGGGCUGAGGGUGAGAGCUCCUGGGGAUCUCGAUGAUGCUGAAUUGGAUGAAGCUCUCGAAACGUUGUAUAAGAGAACCCAAUCUCAGGAGAAGUCUUCCAUACAUCAGUUGGAGGUUAUAUAUGAAGCUUUAAAUGGAGUCAGUCAUGGUUCGGUAAGGGAAUGCAUGGAGUUGGACGAGGAAAGUCUGAGCAAGUCCGAGAAACUUAAAACAAUAAUUAGGGAGUACUUUCUAUCCAGUACACCGUUCAAUCUUUCAGAGAUCAACGAGAGUAAAACAAUAAUUAAUGAGUCAUCGGUCAUAUCAGAUAUUCGAAAUUUGAUUUCUAGUUAUAGGGAUAAUAAUUUUACGGGAAGAGCAGUGGCCAGAAUUUUUCAUGGAAUUCAAAGUCCGAAUUAUCCCGCUUUUACUUGGAGCAGGUGUAAAUUUUGGAGAUCACAUCUGCAGACAGAUUUUAAUGCUAUUGUUCAAAUUGCUACUAGGGAAAUUUUAGCAUCUAGGUAAUAAACAAGGGGAAGUUAUUCAAGGUUUUGUAAUUGAUUGUUUUUAAUAGGAAAGUUACGGUUAAAGAUAUUGUUGACACUUCGUAUGAUGUUAUGACGGAAGGUCAAUUUACCAUUAAUUUGCCACUUAUUUUGUAAAUAUUUUCGAACGAAAAAUGUAAUUUGAUUUAUGAAAUCAUCUUAUUUGUCGGAACUUUAGUGAAAUGGGAAUAACUUCAUUUGAUAGUUUGUUGUCUUGAAAACGUACUACUCAAUAUAUGAUUUUCUACAAAUCCACAAUAAUAAACAAAUAUACUAAUAAUUAGUGUGCUAACCAGUAGUUGUGUUACCAAACAUUGGUCCACCCGAAACAUUCGGAUAUGACAAUUUUUUAAAAACUUGCGCUACUUUUCCCUUGAAUUCCCUUUAAAAGUAGGUUGUCACAUGGGAAUUUUUCGAGUUGGUCACUCGAAUUCCUUGGUGGCCCUCUGCUUGGUCCCCCCGACCAGUGGGUAGCACACUACUUUCUUCACGUACUCACACAGAAUAGUCCUCUUUUUGUUCUACGAUGACGUAUUAGAAACCGAAAAUUCAAUAAAAAUCGAAUUUCCAAUGAAUCUUUAAUUGUAGUGACUUGAAAGAAUGAAAUUUUGUAAGUUAGGUGGCGAGGAGACGAUAAAGAGAAAUAAAUUGAAUGACCCUUUUUGUAAUUUUAUAAGGUAUUUUUGUCAACGAUUUGCUUAUUUAAUUAAUUGAAAUAUCAUUGUAAUAGACUCCUACGUAGGCGUAUUAUAUUAAUCUAGUAAUUUUGCAAAUAUUUAAUUACAAUUGAGGGAUUAAAAAAAUGGUUUUUCCAUAUGUGUAUAUAUAUAUUUUUUUCUUUUAUAGGAACAUUCAGUGAUUUCAAAUACCAGAUGAACUGACAAUUAUACGUUAUUGAAAAAUAUAAAUUUUGACAAAUAAAAUCUAGUUUUUUAAAACGUUA